AUGGGAGCUCCAAAAAUAUUUUUGAGGAAGCGGUCUUUUCCUUUUGCUUUUGGACAACAACAUCAGCGUCGUUUGGAACAAGCAGAGUUCCCGGUUUGUUGGUGUGAAACAGGUAAAUUAAAUGAUGCGAUGAGACCAUCACCGAGUCUCCAGUUCCUGCGGCCGUACGCCCGGGUACCAGUCCCUCACGCGGCGGCGUUCCCGCACCUCCGCCGCGCUCAGCUGUCGCAGCGUUGCUCCUUCCACCUUGCUCGGCAGCAGGAACUGGAGCAAGCUGGUGUCCUCAAGUAUCCCCGUAUCCGAAAUGAUGGUGGUGAGAUUAUGCGCGUUCCCGACUUCCGGGCCAAGUAUCAGGACAUUCAGCAGGGCGUUGUGGCGGAAGAGGAGGUCACCUUGCGAGGACGGGUCGAGUCUGUCCGUCGUGCCGGGUCGAAGCUCGUCUUUAUUGAUGUGAGGAGCGAGUUUGAGAAUGUUCAAGGACUAUGUAACCUGGGGAAGCUGGUCGAUGGUACGACUGGUUCUGGUUUGAAGAAUUUAGCCCGGUUGCUGAACAGGGGUGAUAUCAUUUCUGUCACGGGCAAGGCCACGCGAACCAAGACAGGCGAGCUCUCCAUCCAAGCCACCCAACUUCCUGAAAUUUUGACGCCGAGCUUGGUGCCCCGGCCGGAGAAGGUUGAAGAUACCCUGCAUCGUCAUAUUGACAUGCUGGCCAACCGUAGAACCGUAGAUACCCUUCGUCUGCGGUCUUACAUCACUCGCUAUCUCCGAGACUUCUUUCAUGAGCGCAACUUCCUUGAGUUUCAGACUCCUAUCCUCUCUGGCAAUGCUGGCGGUGCCGUGGCCAGGCCAUUCACCAUGCAUGCUGAAGCAGUGAGCAAAGAUGUCACUCUCCGUAUUGCCCCUGAGUUGUGGCUCAAGCGUCUCGUCGUCGGAGGUGUAGACCGCGUGUUUGAGCUCGGCCCGGCGUUCCGCAACGAGGGCAUCGACCAAACCCACAACCCAGAGUUCACCAUCUGCGAGUUCUACCACGCCUACGCAAACCUCCAGGACCUCAUCACCAUCACCCAAGAUCUCAUCCGCGGCGUUGCCGAGCACUGCGCUAAGCUCAUCUCCAAUGGCACCUUGUCCUCACUCCCCGAAAUCUCCGACCUGUCCAUCUACCAACAACCCUUUCAACAAGCAGAAUUCAUCCCCACCCUCCAAGACAAGUUGGGGUUCACCUUCCCCGACUUGACCACCAACUCCGCCCACUCGGACCUUUUGUCGCUUCUCAACUCAAACUCGGUCCCCCCUUUUGAGGGCCAAGACCACUUCCCCCUCCCCAAACUCCUCGACAAGCUGGCCGAGCGGUACAUUGAACCCCUGUCCCUCACCACCCCCUUGUUCAUCACCCACCACCCCGUCGUCAUGUCCCCCCUUUCCAAAUCCUUCCUCUGCCCCAGAACGAACCAGCACGUCUCGGCAAGGACUGAGCUGUUUGUCAAGGGGAAGGAGCUGGCGAACAUGUACGAGGAGGAGAACGAUCCGUUUGCCCAGAGGGAGAAGUUUGCGGAGCAGAUCAGGCAGAAGGAUGUGGAGGUGGGGCAGAAGGUGGAGGUGGAUGAGAGUUUUUGCUAUGCGCUGGCGAGCGGGCUGCCGCCGACAGGGGGUUGGGGGUGUGGAGUGGAGAGGUUGGUCAUGCUGAUGGCGGGGACGGGGAGGAUUAGUGAGGUGUUAAGUUUUGGGAAUCUGAGGAAUGUGGUGGUGGGGGGGAGUAAUGCUGCUGUUGGGGGGGUUACGGGGGAUGAAAGGGAGAAGAAGGGGGAGUAG